CUACCAGCCAUGCAUUCUACAGCUCUGGUCGGGCUGCGGCUGUUUCUGCUGCUGCUCUCCUUGGCCUCUCCUGCCGACUCAUGCACCGAGCAAGAGGAGCACUCCCUCCUCCAGUUCCUCACUGGGUUAUCUCAAGAUGCCGGCCUUGCCAUGUCGUGGAGAAACGUCACGGACUGCUGCGAAUGGGAAGGCAUAACCUGCAACAGGAGCGGGGGCGUCACUGAGGUCUCGCUGGCAUCUAAAGGGCUUGAAGGGCGCAUCUCGCCACACCUUGCCGGCCUCACCGGCCUGCUGCGUGUCAACCUUUCACACAACUCAUUCUCCGGAGGCCUUCCGCCGGAGCUCAUGUAUUCCAGAAGCAUCGUCGUCCUCGACGUCAGCUUUAGCAGGCUUAGUGGGGUGCUGCAUGAGCCGCCGUCUUCGGUUACCACCACCCUGACUCUGCAGGUACUGAACAUCUCGAGCAACCAAUUCGGUGCAGAAUUUCCAUCCUACACAUGGAAGUUGAUGCGGAAUUUGGUCGUCCUCAACGCAAGCAACAACAGCUUCACUGGGCACAUACCACCUUCUCUCUGCCUUUCGUCAUCAUUGGCCAUGCUUGACCUUUGUUACAACCAAUUGAGUGGCGGUAUUCCUGCUGCACUUGGCGAUUGCUCCACACUCGAAGUGUUCAAGGUUGGGCACAACAACCUAAGUGGGACUCUCCCUGCUGAACUCUUCCAUGCCACUUCCCUGGAGCACCUCUCCUUCCCCAACAAUGGAUUACAAGGAGAACUUGAUGGCGCAAACAUAGUAAAACUCAGUAAUCUGGUUACUCUCGACCUCCGAGAAAACAAAUUCAGUGGGAAGAUCCCAGGCUCCAUAGGUCAGUUGAAGAGGCUAGAGGAGCUCUAUUUGGGUAACAAUAACAUGUCUGGGGAGCUGCCAUCAACUCUGAGUAACUGCACGCGUCUCAUGGUCAUUGAUCUGAAGAUCAACAACUUCAGUGGAGAUCUAGGCAGGGUCAACUUCUCCACCCUACAGAACCUAACACAUUUAGAUAUUCUGAGAAAUAACUUCAGUGGCAUAGUUCCAGAAAGCAUAUACUCAUGCAGCAAUUUGAUUGCACUGCGGGUGUCGUUGAACCAUUUCCAUGGUGAGAUCUCACCAAGAAUAGGGAAUCUGCACCUAUCUUUCCUGUCACUUGCUAGAAACCCUUUUACAAAUAUCACAAAAGCUUUUCAUGUCUUCAAUAGCUUCAGGAACAUCACCACUCUGAUUAUUGCCGAGAACUUCGUGAAUGAGAUGAUGCCACAAGAUGAGACCCUAGAUGGUUUCCGGAAUCUUCAAUAUAUCCACAUGGCCGACAGCGCAUUAACUGGGCACUUGCCAGUUUGGUUAUCAAAGCUCAGAAACUUGAAGGUACUAAAGUUGUCCAACAAUCGACUUACUGGACCAAUGCCAGGCUGGAUCAACUCCCUACAUAGCCUGUUCUAUCUGGAUGUAUCAAACAACAGUUUUACCGGGCAAAUCCCAAUCACCUUGAUGGAGAUCCCAAUGCUCAAAGAUAAUACAGCAGCUUAUUUGGAUCCUGGCCAAGUUGAACUACCUCUCUUUUGGAGGAAUAUAUCGCGCCAAUACCAUUUUCUUACAGCUUUCCCUACUCUCUUGAAUCUGAGCAUCAACAAUUUCACAGGUGUGAUUCCACCGGAGAUUGGUCAACUGAAAGUGCUUUCUGAACUCGAUUUCAGCUCUAACAAAUUAUAUGGAGUGAUUCCGCUGUCGGUCUGCAAUCUCACGAAGUUGGAGGUGCUAGACUUGUCUAAUAACCAUCUGAGGGGUGUAAUCCCCGCGGCACUGGAGAGACUUCACUUCCUUUCUGCAUUCAACAUUUCUAACAAUGACCUAGAAGGGCCUGUACCAGCAGGAGGCCAGUUGAGCACAUUUCCAGAUUCCAGUUUUGAUGGGAACCCAAAGCUGUGUGGCACUAUGCUUGUUCACCGUUGUAGUUCAACCGGAGCAGAUGUUGUCUACGUUAUCUCUGCAAAACAGCUCAGCGUCAAGGUCAUAUUUUCUGUUGGCUUUGGUUUGUUUUUUGGAGUAGGCGUGCUAUAUGAUCAGCUAGUGUUAUAUAGGUAUUUCGGCUAAGCCGAUUUCAAUUGUAAUUUGUUCUAAUAUAUUCAAUGGAUAGAGGUAAAUCAAGCAAUAAAUAGCCAUGAGUUUUUUUUUUGUGUGUGUGUGUCUGUGCUUGAAUCCACCUGUAGUUAGAUCUUGUUAUAUAUUACUUGAGUCAGCUAAACGUUAUGUUGUUCGCUUCCUGAAUGAGAGAAGUACACUGCAUUCUUUUUCUAGCUAGCAGCCUUGAUGAGAGGUAGUAGUAAUUCUGUACUUUUCAGAUUGGACAUCACGGUUGUGCAGAAUUCAAGUGGGAAGUGUCCAGGGCAAUGUAAUUUUCUUUUAAACAGGGUUGGACCUAGCGUAAAUAUAAAACUACUCCAAAGAACAAACCAAAGCCAACAAGUGAAUACCUAUAGGGGUUAUCAUCAGCUAAUAAUUAAAUGUAGGGGUUAUUAUCAGUUCUACAUCUGAGUAGUCAUUACUUAGUUGACCAUAGAGCUAAAACUUCAUAGAACAUUACACAUAUUUGGUCCAGAUAUGAACAACUCCAUGUAAGUAUUUUUUUUUCUUUUCUGUUUUGCAGCGCUACUUCAUGUAACAACCUAUUGUGAAAACAUCUUCAGAGAAACUAUACUGAAAAUUCCAAAAAUAUAUCAUGGUAUUUUCAAAUAUAUCAUGCCAGUCAAGCUCAUGCUAGACAACAAUUAAAUGGAUAAAACUGAUAAUAACCCCUACUUUAAUUCAGAGCUCAAUCUACACAGGGCAAACAAGUCGCAGAGCAAGCCAGUAAGCUACUUUUUCAGGGUCAGUAACCUACCCUUGACAAUAGCAAGUAAUUACUAUAUAAAAAUCUGCAAAAACAGCACAUCAAUUUGCGCUUAGCUACAAUAUACUGGCAGAAUACAGGGGCGACUUGUACAUCCACCGAAAAUCUG